UGAGGGAGGAUGAACAGAGGGAAAAGAACAGAGGGAGUAAGAACAGAGGGAGUAAGAACAGAGGGAGUAAGACCAGAGGAAGUGAGAACAGGGGGAGUAAGAACAGGGGGAGAAACAACAGAGGGAGGAAGAGCAGACGGAGGAAGAACAGAGGGAGGAAGAACAGAGGGAGGAAGAACAGAGGGAGUAAGAACAGAGGGAGGAAGAACAGGGGGAGUAAGAACACAGGGAGGAAGAACAGAGGGAGGAAGAACAGAGGGAGGAAGAACAGAGGGACAAAGAACAGAGGGAGUAAGAACAGAAGGAGGAAGAACAGAGGGAGGAAGAACAGAGGGAGUAAGAACAGAGGGAGGGAGAACAGAGGGAGUAGGAACAGAAGGAGGAAGAACAGAGGGAGGAAGAACAGAGGGAGGAAGAACAGAGGAAGUUAGAACAAAGGGAGGAACAUACUGAGGGAGGAAGAAGAGAGGGAGGAUGAA